AACCAUACAGAGAGCGUUCACCAUAACUACUCGUUUUGUGUCACAUUUAAACGUUUUUUCCUUUCGAGUGAAUUAUGCAGUCAUUAUUACUGGUCGCUGCUGUUUUGACAGCAUUAAUUGGUUUCUCUCAUGGACAAACAGAAGUAGCAAGUUGCCCGACUUCGAUGAUGGAUUUUAUGACGUGGAUGGGUUCGGUUAUCCAGUACUGUAACGGAGAAUAUCUCAUCGCAUUGCGGGAAAGCAAAGAAAAUUGCGAGGAAAAAGUAGGUACACUGGGACCUUGCCUAAUGACAGAAAAGGAUAAAUGCAUUGCUGGUUUAGAUGACGGAGAUAUGGUGAAAACCACCAUUGAAGCCUCAUUAGGUGCUCUUAUUAUAGCUGCCCCAGGUUACCAACAAGUGUUUUGCUCUGGAGUCACAGUAGAUUUAAACCCCACUACCUCCGUCGGAGGAUGUGAAGAUGGAAUGACAGCCGCCAGUCAGGCAUGCCAUGCUCCCUUCAUGGAAAUAUUUAACGAAGAUAGAGUAGAUUUGAGACUGUGCGAGGCUUAUAAAACGAUGGCGGCAUGUGAAACAGACAAAGUCAAGGAGCUGUGUCCCAAUGCAGAUAGCAUGGAGAUAACAAUAGACGAACAAACCAGGGCAAUGUAUAAUUUCUAUUGCGUGGAAACCGCCACGCCUGCCCCACCCGCACCUGCUACAACUAAACAAAUGUCGAAACCAGCCACAACAGCUGCUGCUGCUGAUAACGUGGACGAUGACGUAGAUUCAGGAAAAUCAGUCGUAGUUUCAAUUGUUACCAUUGUAUCAACUACUUAUUUGUCUAUAUUUACAGCACUGUAACAACCUCACCCAUUCUCUUGAACUUCGACCUUGUAAGGUGAUUAGGCUGUCACUCUUUUACGAACCAAGAUAUUAAAAUUUAAAUCUCUUGA